AGCAAUAUUGAGUUGAACUGAAAAUGAGAAAAGACGUCAAAGAGAAAUAAUCAUUGAUUACCGAUCAAGUAUCAACAACUUGAUAAACUUUUUGCUUUUUUUGCAUUGGCAAAUUCACUAUUCUCAUCUAGUAAGUAUGUCAUCGAGGGCGAUAACCUUCGUUGUCAACACUUCAAACUCGUAAUUUCUGGAUUUUUCCGAGUUCUUAUAAUUGGAAGUAGUGCAACAAUAAACAUGUUCACCUUUAUUAAUCUAUUAAAAUUUCAAAAAGAGCUAUAAACACCUGAUUUUGCAAUUCUGAUAGAGUAUUAAAUGACCUAUAUUUUGAACAAAAAAAUCAGCCUUCUAUCAUGUUCCUGAACGGAGAUAUAUUGAAAACAAAAAAGGUCGCAAAAAUUUUGUCACAUCCGCUAUUGACAGGUAAAAUGUCUUUGUGAUGAUCUAAAAUCGGCUACACAUAUGAAAGAUCGACAAAAUGCUAUACUUGCUCUCAAAACGCUCUCUAAAAAAUAUAAACAUGAAGUUGGUACUCAAAGUAUGACUUUAUUAGCAAAUAUUUUACAAGAUGAUCAAAUUGACUUGCAGCUUAGUCAAUUGAUACUUGAAACAUUACUCAAUAUAAUUACAUACGAUGCUGAUAGUGAUAAAGGUGUGUUAUUAAUUAUGGUCUAUUGUUUUGUUUUCAAUACAUUUGUUUGUUCUCUAGAACAAUUGAGUUUAUCACAAGAUAUUAGUGUUCAAUUUACAAAAUUAUAUAUUAAGAAUAAAGAACAUGUUCAUACAGUUCUUGAACUUAUUGCAAAAACUAAUUUUAAUGUUCGAUGUUCAGCUAUUCGAUUUCUCACUGCACUUCUUACAAAUUAUACUCCAAAAUUACAAGAUAUCAUUUACGAAAGUGGACCAGUAGGUUUUUCAAAAUUAUUAGUUCUUUUAGAAGAUAAAAAUGAUGUUAUUCUCAAUGAUGCACUUUCACUUUUUAAAAUCUUAACUCGUUCUAAUGCGUAUAUACAAGGAGUAGUUGCAUUUGAAAAUGGUUUUGAACGUUUACUUCAAAUUAUUAUUCGUAAAUGUAGUAGGAAUGAAGGUAAACUAAAAAAAAUAUUUUUUAAAUUAAAUUAA